GACGGAGGGCGGCGAGGCGCUUGGCUGCAGUGCCCUGCUCUGUUACCAACUUUCCUUCUCCAGUUUGACACGUCCUGACCUUUGGGUUCAUUCCGCUCCUCGGAUUAUUUAGGCGAGCUCUAAGCGGCACUUACUAGGCGAAGCUAGAGCCAAAUGCCGCGUGCGCUCUUUGCAGCCGGUCGGUAGGGCCGCCGCCCAGCCCCUUCCCUCCCACAGGACAAACAGGAGCCGGCUUGGGGUCUGGUGACCUGCCCAAGGUCACUGCUAGGGAAGGACAGUGCCGGGGUUCAGGCCUGGCAGGGUGACCCCGGGGCCCCCCAGCCGUCCAUUCGGCCCCUGGCACUUGUCAGGUUGCUGGAGGCAGCUGCCCUCCCACCCCAAGGCUCGUUCUCAGUUUACCUGUCUCUUUUCCUGGCCCCGUGGUGGCUUCUUGCAGGUGCCAUUCAAGGGCUAUUGUCAACCCUGGGUCAGGCAGCCUCGGAAGGCCAGGGCGGUAAUGGGCAAAUGCAUAAGAGCAGAGAGUGGUCCAGCGAGUGGGGGUCUGCGAGGAUCCUGUGGGAAGGAGCCACGCCGGCCCCUUCCCGUACAUUUUGGCGUUGAUCGCCACUGCCCCGAAGGCCUAGAGCAAACACUGGCAUUCGCAGGUGGUGGGCCCCUUGGAAAUGUCCCUGGGAGGGUUUGAGAAAAGAGUAAGCCCAGGAGUGCCCGCAGAUCGCGCCCUGGACGCCCUAAGUCCAGGCACUGCAGUUUGUGUCCGCCUUCACCUGCUGAUGCCUGGGGAGGGAUCCGCAUGGCGUCCUCACACUGACCUGGGUUUCGUGGUUCUCCCCACAGGCCGACGCCUCCCCUGAGGCUCAGCUGCGGGCUCCCAGGCCUAGGCGCCCAUGACCCCUACGCUGACCACGCCUGGACGCCACCGCCGGGGCCCAAUGCCGGUCAUGCCCAUCCCGCGGCGGGUGCGCUCCUUCCACGGCCCGCAUACCACCUGCCUGCAUGCGGCCUGCGGGCCCGUGCGUGCGUCUCACCUGGCCCGCACCAAGUACAACAACUUCGACGUGUACAUCAAGACGCGCUGGCUGUACGGCUUCAUCCGCUUCCUGCUCUACUUCAGCUGCAGCCUGUUCACCGCGGCGCUCUGGGGCGCGCUGGCCGCCCUCUUCUGCCUGCAGUACUUGGGCGUGCGUGUCCUGCUGCGCUUCCAGCGCAAGCUGUCGGUGCUGCUGUUGCUGCUGGGCCGCCGGCGUGUGGACUUCCGCCUGGUGAACGAGCUGCUCAUCUACGGCAUCCACGUCACCAUGCUGCUGGUGGGGGGCCUCGGCUGGUGCUUCAUGGUCUUCGUGGACAUGUGAGGGCCGUGAGCGCGAGCUGGAUUCAUUGUCCUGGCCUGUGUCUGUGUUCUCUCCAAGGGUGGGGCUGGCCAGCGCCUUCGCUUCUGCCCAUCCCGCAGGCAGGCGCUGCUGCCUCGGUGCCCACGGAGAGAAAAGAAAGGGCUGAGACUUACGUGGUGGGGGUGCGGGCGCUGCCCCUAGGCUGGCUUCUUGCGCCCACUCUCCUCUCGUGCACUCUCAGG